AUGAAUUCUCGAGAGCAGUCUGACUUGCCUCCGGGGCAGUCGUACCCUUCACCCAACGGCGCACAAAUGGCUCAAGGCGCCAUGCCCUACUAUAGCAACCGACAGAUGACCGCCGACGACAUUCUGACCGCAGAAUUGUCUCGUGAAAACUCUGGACCUGGCCUUGAUGGGGCAAAUGGUGUCCACCACGGACAGGGUAUGGUGUUGGGCUCGUCGAAUGCUGGUGACAUGGGUCGAACCGCGUCGGAUGAGCAACACCAGCAUAUGAUUCAGUUUACUCCGAGCCAACAGGUUGGCGUUGACCCUAAUCACGAUCUGAGCUAUGGAGAACAGAGCGCUCGUAAGCGAUCUAAGAUCUCUCGUGCUUGCGAUGAGUGCCGUCGUAAAAAGAUACGCUGUGACGCAAGCUCAGAGAGCGGCCUCGAUACAUGUUCAAACUGUCGUCGCCUGACUGUCCAAUGUCAGUUCAGUCGCGUGCCGAUGAAACGUGGUCCCAGUAAAGGAUAUAUAAAGGAAUUGGCUGAGAGACUUCACACUCUCGAAAGUCAGAUGCAGCCCGUCCAAACUGACGUCCCUUAUCAAUCCAUGAACGAUGUGUCCCUUCAGCGCAACUACGGUGACUUCACAUCCCCGGUGGCCGAGUCCUCCAGUACUCGCAAAAGGACUUAUUCGGUUUUCGAGGGUCUGCCGAGCUUUUCCCAGUUCAACACUCGCGGUGCAAAUGCUUUUGAUGUUGUGGAGUCAACUUCAGAUCCAUAUAACCCCACUGUUACUGGUGGCGGUGCCCCGAAGCCUGGAAACCUCUUCUGGGGCCCGGAUAUUCCCUCUGGUCUGCCAUUGGACCUGUCGCGAAAUGAAAAUGAGGAUAUGACCCCAGUCACUCUCGAUCAGAGUGCUCUCGAUGAGUAUUAUGAGAAGGUUCACACUCUUUUCCCGCUUCUUUCGCAUACCCACCAGGGUACGCUGGAGCUCCUUCACCAGUGCAACCGUGAGUUGCAGGAGGCUUUUUGCUAUGCUUUGUACACGGUCACUCGCACCGACUUGUCUCGCGUGGCAGGUCACUUUGAAAAGGUCGGGUCAUUUGAUGCCGCGAUUGAGCUUGUACUCUCUCACGCCCGCCAGCCGCUAAUGCUUAACUCCACUGCGGCCAACGUAGUUUCUCUGCAAUCUUUGGUCCUUCUGAUCAUCGAUUGCGAUUCGCGCGGCCCCGACAACUUCCUUUUGAAGGAUGGUGUCCCGAAGCAAUCUCUAGUUCAGGCUGCCAGCAAGCUAGGAUAUGACCUUGCUAAGAACCAGGGACAACUGAGAAGCGUCCGUGCAGCAGAUUUUGAUAUUGACUCGAUCGCCAAUCUUACGCGACGCAACUGGGUCUCUUUGAUCAUUCUUACUCGAUGGUACGCGGUCAGUGUUGCGGAUGCGACCGUGCUUACUGGCCAGGAGAUUGGUGGUCGUGAAGAUGAAAGAGUGGUUGGCCAAAUUACGAUGGGCCUUGCCGCGUAUUCGAGUUUCCUCUCGGAAAUUGUGACCAUGGCUACUGUUGAUCACAACGUCUGUCAGACCAACACCGGCCUCGGCCGCAUGGUUGGAGCUAAUAUGGUUGCUUCCCUCGAGCGUCUAGCCGAGAUGGAGGAUGUUUUCAAGGUCCAUGAGCUCGCCGAGGCUACACGCUUGCCAUUUGAAAGUCUUCAGAACCAGCUCUACUGGACAGUGCGUCUGCUCAUUAAGCGCCAUGUCUAUGUCUACAGUCCGUAUGAAAUAAUCUACUGCGCCCAGGAAAUAAUCAAUGAGCUCCACAAAGCCACUGUGCAGAUCCGUCGCCCAACCCCAUUCGACCUGCACAGUCUGGCCCUGGCAUCCAUGACUCUUCUCGAAGCUGCCAUUCUGCCAGAACAUAGCAGCGAAUGCUGGGACUCACUACUCAAAGUUGAGGAGAUUCUCGACAGACGCGCAAAGCCCUUGGCCGAGUUUGUUCUGUUCGCCACCCCGGGGUGGGACGCAAAGAUCCGUGUCUUCCUCGAAUGGCGCCGUGCCAAGUCCCAGGAGAGCCAACUCCAGGAAGCUGUCAGCAGUAUGAACAAAGUUGGUUCUUCUCAGCCUGUCAUGGGCCCGAACGAGCAACGCUCUCUCCAGCACCUCGCCGAUCUAGCUGUUGGCGCCGAAGGCACCGUCGGUCAGUCUUCACCCCCUCCCCCUGGUCUUUCCGCCGAGAGUGAUGCCUCCCUCAAUCUUGCUCCGCAGCUCUCCACCUCUGGGAUUGGUCGGAUUGUGGUCGACUUCACCAUGCUCACAAAGGAGGGCUACCUGAAUGUUUUCUCCGGUUUGAUUUACCGCCGUCGCUAG